AUGGAAUUAUCCAUGCGCAUGUGCGAAAACGAGACGGGAGACGGGUCCUGGGUAUACCGGCGAUUAGACAGGGACAGCGAAAGCACGUUUAGUUCGGGUGUGAAGGAAAUAGAAAUCUCAUCUAAACUGUUUUUAGGGUGGAGCUGUCUGGAGUUGGGUCGGCUCGCUGAGCAGAUGGCAACAAAAAGGGACCAGUCGGGAAUAAAAUUUGGGAAUAAAUUGAACGGCAUUUUUGCCACAUUGCUACGGAGUCCUUUCGUCGUCUGGCCUUUGGGUUUUAAGAAAUCUUAG